GCCUGAUAUAAUACAAUGGAGUACUUCCCCAUAGGAUGGUUCCAGCUGUUAACAAAUUACGUUGCCUGCAUAUUAGCAACUUAUCACAUCGGUAGAGCCCUCAAAUGAAUUACAGGCAUUUAUUUUUAAGAGAAUGCCAUCUAGUAUUGAUCAUCUGUAAACUCUGAUGCUGUUUUUAAAUAAAUGCAAUACAUUUCAACAACUGUCUUCAAGCAUUUUUGUAUUUGUCACUUGUUCUUAUUUUCUGUGUGCAAAUGUCAAUGACAAUGAACCUUUAAAACAUAAACAUAAACAAAUGAGAAACGGUUGUCUCUCCUAUUCUUGGGACCAGAGAUUAGCUCAAUACUAUUUUCAUUUCCUGAUUGUAAACUCACAGAAACUAGCAGCAGAAUGUGUGUGAAUGCACAUGAAGCAAUUAAUUACUGUACCCAGUUGGAGAGGGUGCAGAUCCAGCUAAGUGGGUGUAAUGAGCUUAACCAACCCUGAGGUAGAACCACCACUAGCUCCUUGAAGGAUGUGUCUUCCCUCUGAACUAGCAGCCAGCCUUGAGGACUAGGAAGCUCCUACCAUCAAAGACUCAUAUCCCAGUAGGCUCAUCAAAAGAUGGUGAGUCAAAAGAACAGAGCUUAAAGUUCCACAGAGAUGGACUAUCCAUAUAGGAUUUCUCUGCAGAACAUCCUAUAGGAGCAACAGGGGAAUUGCUUCCUGUAGCCAGAUGUCGACUAAUAUCCAACGUCAUCAUGAAGCAGCUUUCCAUGACUAAAUGGGAAGACACCCAAUGGAGGAGUAUACUUGUUUGGCUUUGUGGGGAGGUAGCCUAAAUAAUACAUUGGUGUGUUAAGAAUGUGCAGCAGAACAGGGCCUCUGUUUGCCAGACAACAGAACCAUAGCAAGUAUUGUAUGUGAACUGCUGUACUAUAAAGAUUCUCAAUGCUAUGGAAACAGUUGCUUGUGCCACAAUUUAUGGUAGUCCAGUUCUCUUGAGUUGAGAUUAUGUGGAGAUGGUGUUUUGAAGGUAGAAAUUCUGAAACCUCUGUUUUACAAGAACAAUUAUACAUCAGCAGUAGGUCUCUUCAUGAAAGAUGCAAGUUUGAGUUGGGUUGUACUGGUUAUCCUCUUCUUGUUUCCAUUUCACGUUGCAAAAUUAUGACCAAGGGUCAUUGCACUGCUCUAUUUGUUUGGGGCAAUUCAGGGUAAUCCAUAGGAAGUGGGUUAAUGCAAUGCAUAAUCCAUCAGGGCACUAACAGCAUUAAAACACACACAUGCAUCUGAGUUCAUGUUGCCUAUUGUCACACUUAGUGUUACUGCACACUAGUUUAGGCAGCCUGCUAUAUGUGCAACUGAGUAACUUACACUGUAACACUCACGCCCCUGACUUUGUGUUAUAUAUACUGUACUGCAGUGUUUUGAGUGGACCUGCCAUACCCACCAAACCCCAGCUCUCCUUCUGUGCCUUUAAUAUCAAUGUGACAGACAAUGUAUCAGAUGAAGCUUUUCCCAGGAUUAUUCUUUCUUUAUGUAGGAAAAAGCUUCACUGGUUACAUUUCUGUAUAUCAAGCUGCCCUUAAAGGUACCACUAGAGUAAAGGAAGUUUGUUUGUUUUUAAGUUUGCUUCCCCAGGGUUAGUGGCUUAUUAGAAGAGAAAGUGGUCAUAAGGCCAAAGGUUUUUUUUUGUUUUGCUUUUUAAUUCAACAGGUAAAAUCUAGAAAGAAAGUUAUACUGAAAGAUUUGUAAAAUUGUGCUCUUGACAUAUGACCUUGGGAACUUAUGGGGAGAAUGUUCAAAUUUUCCUCACAUUCCACACCAUUGAUCUUAUUUGAUUCAUAUGUUAAUAUGAAGCAAUUAAAAGCAAUGUCUCUACCAUAAUGCCCUCCCUCUUUCUCAAUACACAACAGAAAGGGGAGGGGGAGAGAAUGCUUGAGGAAAUGCUGUUGGGCUCUAGACAGGGUUUAGAAAGGAGAAAACAAAGUGCUUGCCGGCGCUUAUAUUAGCUCAGCCAGCUGAUCUGCGAGUAACUUGCUCACACAAGAGGCCUACUUGCAUGAACAGUUUGACGUGAGGACACACGGGAAUAUUGCAGCUGCUACUUCCGCGAUCAGAACUGCAAGAUACAUUCCCCCCCCUAAACACGGAAGUAGCUGCUACGAUCUAAGUUUCACUGCUUCAGACGUUAAAAUGAACAUAGCAAAAAGCUAAUUUCCUUUUUCUUUCGGAGGCAUCAAAAUUGCUUGCAAACGGCGACUAGACGACUUCCACAUCUAUGGCAAUGAAAGGGGAAGAGAUAAGAUAAAACCUUCCAUUUUUCUCUUGCAAAUGCUAACGAUCAAAUCAACGCUGGCCAGGCCCUUUAAAUGUAGCCCUCAAGGCACACUGAAGGACUUGGGUAGAGCAAGUAAAGGAAUUCGUCUCUCAUUUUAAGGGCAUUUGUUCGCAGGACACCUUGCUGCUAUAUUCUCUUGUGAAGCCUAUAAACACUGUAGCACCAAACAGCACACGGCGUGUUAGCAGGGCACAGUCGAGGUCCUUCCUAUUUACAGGGAGUCAUUUUUACUCUUGACACCCAAAGUGGUGUGAAUAAUUCUUUUUCCACGAGGCGUUUAUUUAAAAUGCUGCUUUGCAUACUGACAGCAUAGACCCGACUCCCCAGAUGACAAGCACCCUAAUGCCUGUCACCUUCCCUUUUGCUCGAUGAACUUGAUAGGACAAGGAAAAGAAGGGGAGACCCUAUGAAGCAGAAAAGCCCCCGAUGAGCUGGGGGUGGGGGAGUCAUGGAGAUUUUUAAACCCCACCCAAGCUGGUGAUGGAAGUCAGGAGGGGGAGCGGGUCUGUAUCAGGACACAGUAACGCAGGUCUACACAACGCGGGACACCUUGCCCCCAAAUCAAACGGAGCCCAUCAAUCAUGUCGUAUCUUCAGCUUAUCUAGGGACUUGACAACCCCAUUUCUGGCAGCAAAAAUCAAAGGCAUGUCGAGUUCCUGGUGGGCCAUAACAUGACCGGUGAGCCACGUUCGGCUUGGCUAGUUACAACGCGCAAGGAUUAUUAGGUAGCCUGCCGUAUGACGACCCACCAAAUCUACACUCAACUCAAACUGCCCUGACAGUCUUCGCUUGAGGCUCCAGCUUAUUUAAAGGGCUGCGGGGAAAGGGGCGGAUUGAUUUUUUUUAAUGGUUUCUUUCGGGUUCUCAAACUAUUACUGAGUAGGCCUUGUUUAUAUGUGUAUCCCUCCGCACCGAAUCUUGCGAGUAAGCGUGCAAACGGCCUUCAUGGUGUCCUUCCGCGGCGGGGAGAGGUGUAGAAACUGCAGAGGCGAACGGGGAUGGGUUGCUGUACCUCGCUCGGCCUGUGGAGUUAAAACGCUAAGGUAAGAAUCUCUUUGGCGGCGUAUUCCUCCGCUCUCUCGCAAGGAGGUCUUCGCCCAGCCUGCCGUGUCCCUCCGCCGCUUUUGGAGCACACAAGCAGGAGGCGCUUCUUCUGGCUGUGCGAGGAAAACAGGGGGUCUGGAAGGAAGACAAAAGACUUCAGCGCGCAGCGAGGAUUUGCCUCAGUGGGUCUGGCUCGGGGCGCCCGGUGUUCCUCGCGGAAGGAAGGACCGUGCCUGGGUUUGUUGUUGCUGCGCCGCAGGGUCGUCGUGAGGGGACUCGAGGACUUUUUCUCUCGGGGCCUGGCGGAUGGAUCUCUAGGUAGCUUUCCCAGAUAUCGUUCGCCCUCGCCGCCGCCAUCUUGGAUUUUAAUCCGCCAUUUUUCCCCUUGGAAUUAUUAUUUUUAUAUAUAUAGAUGAUUAUUUUUUUCCGCCUCUGGCCGAGAUUCUGGACGGCGGCGGCGGAGGCUUUGUGGACCUGCGGGGCCGCGGCUGGCGAAGAGGACUGCAGUGCCCAGGGGCAGCUAGGAGGUGAGUGCUUGGCGGAGGCGGAACGAGGGGAGGGGACGGAGGUGUGUGUGUAUGUGUGUGUGUUGGGGGGUGUCCUGGAACUGGCACGGCGGCGGCGAGGGCCCCACUCCUUCCGGGGAGGGGGCGGGAUGGAAGCGAGGCCCCCUCAGGCUGGGCAGGGCCCGAGGUGGGGCGACGACCCGUUGGCGAAGUGUGUGGGGGGGGGGACCUGCUUCUCGUGACGGAGACGACGAGGGUCUUCGGGGGCAGAAAUGUGGGGAGGGGCUUCGUUUCUCUAAAGGGCAUCAAAUAAAGAGAUGGCAUCGUGCGCUUCGUCCCCCCUCCGGCGCCCAUAGAUGAGGACAAUACGGUGGGGCUGUAAGGGCGGGCGGCGAAGGAGGCGAUGGGGAUGGCCGGGGCAGGCAGGAAGAGCCGGGCAGCCUUUCCUUGGAGGUGGCGGAGAGGGUCGUGUCAGCACUUGGGAAAGGCCACCAAGAGCACCUGGGGAAGCAGUCGGGCAGCUGUCCAGCCUAGGACGAGGUGCUCCGAGCAUCUCCCCCCCUUAGCGGGGAUCUGGCACCAGGUGCUGCUCAUCGCACACCUGCCCGCUGCGUCCGCAUUUCCAUUGAACUCUAGAGUGUCAUAUUCUUGGAGGUUCCUAAGUGACUCCCCCAUCCAGGCCUAGGCCUCUGCUUGGCUUCCCGAGAUGUUAUUGCGCACGGGGCGCCUUCGGACCGCUUUUAUGGGUCUGGAAGGGGAAGGGGAGCCACCCCCGAAGAUCGGACGGGCCACUUAGGCUAUUUAGGUUUUAGAAGCACCCGCAGAAAGCGGCGCUGGGCCACCAGUGGCUGUGAGACCCGCAACACACCCAUCUCCCGGUUGGCUGUGACAGCUGGCAUCCCUCCUCCUCCUGCUGCGCUGCUUCGGCGUUUAAGGGGAUGCGGAUCUUCGGAGAGGUGGAGCUGGCACGGGAUUUCUGUGAUGGGUGGCGGAAAGGCAGCUUGAUCCUGGGUGUUUCGUUUUCCCAGCGUUUGAGCUGGGGUUGGGGAGCGGUGCCCGACACGGAAAGCAGAUGUGACUGGAUCGGGCAGGGCUGUCUUGAGUGGAGGAGCAUUGCUCCCGGCCCAUGAAGAAGGCGAGAAGCGACCUCUAGGGGGCACCGUAGUUUCAUCUAAGGGUCGGAAAGUAGAAUAGACUUACCUCCCUGAUCCAGCUGAGCUGCAAAAGAAGUUUGUUCUAAUCCUGUCAGCUGUCAGGAUUUGCCGGCUAGUUUCGCUUUGCAUGAGAUUCGAACAAAGCUGUGUGCAGAAAUGCUUAUUAAACUAGGAAACGUGUUUUGGCUUUUCCGCCACACCUGAUCACUGAAGAAUGAAUAUAAAAGAGUGUCUUUUAAUUAUUGACUGAAUCCCUAUUCCAUGAUUUUUUGUUGAUGAUUUUUAGUUUUUUUUCAUAUGUAAAAUGAACCCAGUUUCUUCUAAAUACAAUAUGAUCAGUAAUCUCCUACAGGGGUAUGGAAUAUGCAGCCCUCUAGAUGUUCCUGGACUACAACUUCCAUCAUCUUCCUUGACCACAGACCAUGCUAGCUGAGGCUAAGGAAUUAGAGUCCAAGAACAUUUGCAGGGCCCCAGGUUCCCCAGCCCUGCUCACCUGAGACAGCACUUUUUUCUUUCCACGAAAAUGCUUGUUUUAAAGAACAUUGUUGUUUUGAAACAGAAGGAAGUAUCGGUAAGCAAUUGAUAGAGUUACUGGUGGGAAAUUAUGUUCUUGCCUUUUGCUUGAACAAGCAAGUUCUGAGAUCUAGGUGAUGGGGAGUAGAGUGGUUUGAUUAUUUUUAUACUCUGUUCAUGGAUAUCUUAGCAUUCUCAAAAGCUAAUUGGGAUCACAAGCAGACUUUCCUAAUAAAUCUCUUUCCCAACCACUGUUGCCCUGCAGUAUAGAGCUGCAUGGGACUGCUGGCUGUGUUCUUCAGUCAGUUCAUGCAAGGCAAUGAUGUUGUCCAUUAGGCUGAAUAUUUGCAAUGCACAGGGAUUUCUUGCUGAUGUCAAUACAGAAAGUGCCCCUGUAGGUUUGAAAACCGCUCCUAUAUAUAUUGUUCUCAGAACUGUUUCUUACAAACAGCUAUUGAAGGCUGCAGGUGGGUCCCACAUGGUAGAAUUAUUGCCUACACACAGAAGACUAGAAUACUAGGGAGAGGUUAGGCUAGAAUCCUCUCUGACCUUCCUAGUUUCUAUGCCUAGGCAAUUCAAUAGAGCAGUAUUCAAUCACAUGAAUCCCACCUACUGAAAUGAUGAAGCCUAGAUAGAUUUCAGACCAUCUGCUCUUUGUGAGAGCAGUGUUGAAGGGAUGCAAAACAGAUACGGUGAUAUCUUUCAUUAGAACCCAUUACAAGUAUACACCCUUUUGAGCUGUGGAGAACUGGAAAAGUAUUUCGUUGAAGUAGCUUGCCAUAAAUUUGACAGACUACUUCUAUAUUGUCUGCAUUUGUUUAGGUCUCAGUAUUGACUCCUUUCCCUUGCUUACCUUAGUCAUUUAAAUAAUAUAGUAGCACAGUAUAUCCACCAUUGUUGUGGACAAAUGUUUGUUCAUGGUGUAUCAUAACAGAAGUUAUAUUUUGCAUUUGUUUUUCAUGCCAAUUCAUUGGAAAUGUAGGAGGCACUUCUUUGUAUGCUUAAAGUAAAAACCUGUCUAGGAUGCAUUCUUAAAUGCUUUAUUGCAUAUUAGUGAAUUUAAGAAGCUUUUUCUUGAGUUGGAUGUGUCUUGAACUGUGUGAUUUGACUAUGUAGAUAACAUUUCAUGAGGUAUUAGUUAAAUAAAACUUAAAAGAAAGUAGCAAAACCUAAUUGGCAGAGCAUUCCAAAACCCCAGUCUUCUGUGCUGGAGAGGGUUUGGAUGGAGCAAAGUUGCCACUGCCCAGCCCUUCCCUGUUCUGUCACUGGGGCAGCCCUGCUGGCAACUGGCAAGGAGUGCCCAAAUUUCCCAAAGGGUGGGUAUAAGCAACCACUGAUAAUACCCCUUCCAGCGGUAGCCAGAGGAAACACCUGAAAUUGGGCAUUUCAGAGACAGAAAGGGGCAGAGGCAGGACUGUCACAGGACCUAUCCCUGCUAGCAUCAAAUGACAGUAGUGGAAUUGCUCAAUCCAACUCCUUUGCUGUGCCAGUCUGGAAGAUGGCAGAGCAUAGGGGCAGUUUUCCCUUCCCACACGUUCCACCCUGGUUAAUGUGAGCAACAGGGCUGUGGAUGCAGUGGUUUUUGGUGCCACUUCACAUAGCCAUGCUGUUGCCUGUCAGGGAUUAGGACAGCCUUCUUAAACUCAUUUUUGAAUCUCUGUAAGUCACUUCGUGUGCAGGUUUUUUUUAUUCUGUGCUGUUUUAGAACUUACGUUGUAGUUGUAUUUGGUACCUGUCUAAAGUGAGCCUAAUAACAUAAAAACAGAAAAAAUACACCAAACUUUUGUCCUGUAGUUUGUUUGUUUGUUUGUGCCAAAAAUGGACAGCUUCCAAACUACCUUUAGUAAAUGACUAGAUUAAUAAACUUUAUGAAUUAUCAUUAAUGUCUAAGGUCCUAGAAUUAGAUGAUUCUAAAUUUAGGGAUUAAAUAAAAAUUCAAUUAAUUCAUUAAAAAAAAUUAAUUUAAUUCUAGCCACUAGGUGAUAUUUUGGUGUCUAAAUUGUAAAUUCUCCAUAUUACCGUAUUUUUCGCUCUAUAAGACGCACCAGACCACAAGACGCACCUAGUUUUUGGAGGAGGAAAACAAGAAAAAAAAUAUUCUGAAUCUCAGAAGCCAGAACAGCAAGAAGGAUCGCUACACUGUGAAAGCAGCAAUCCCUCUUGCUGUUCUGGCUUCUGGGAUAGCUGCGCAGCCUGCAUUCACUCCAUAAGACGCACACACAUUUCCCCUUACUUUUUAGGAGGGAAAAAGUGAGUCUUAUAGAGCAAAAAAUACGGUAUUUCAUGAUUCUAAUAUUUUUUAUUCUGAUCAAAUAAAUGUGUGAAACAGUCAUUGUGAUGUAUCGACAGAGCACUACUCUGUUAUACCUAUUAACCCAUGGGAUUGCGCAAAAGUGCAUUAUCUAUUGCUGAUGUGAUUCUGGCAAAAUACCCCAGUUACAACCUUACAUUUAGUGCAAUCAGUUUGUGCAUCAUGUCAGCUCUAUCACUUUGCUGGCGAGUUGCAGGAUUGAUCUAUUUGAAGUGGAAAACAUCUUGGUUAAUCACUUUGGGCUGACCUGGGUCUGGGUCAAGAGGUGUUUUCUGCUUCAUGUAGGUCAGCUUUGUAAUUUUCUGGAGUACACGGGUACGCAUACAGGAUUGGACAUAAACGAAAUAAACUGGUGCAGCAUUUUACAGAAUUGAGCUAUCUGCAAUUAAUUGCAUUUAAAAUCAGUGGCCCUUGCUUCCAACAAUAAAUGUAUGCAAGUUGCAGUUGUAGUAAGUAGUUUUUCUUGCAAGGUUUAUAAGUCGUCUUCUUAUAAAGAUUCUGAGCCAUUGAUGAUGUAAUUAAAUUGCACUGACUUCAUCUUAAUAUCGAGUCAUUGGCAACCUCAAGUGAAAAAAGCUGGUCAAAGGGACAGAUCUUGUGAUUCUUUAUCUUCCUGAACUUGAAGGUAGACUUCCACAGCAAUUCAGUUUUAAGUAAAAAGGAUAUUAGGACAGAAUGGGUAUUCAACUGAAAGUAAUUGAGUAUGGGUAAAUAACGUCCGCGCUUGGAUUAUAGGGAUCAGUGGAAUACUUGUUCCUGUUUUAAUGAGAUCCUUGUUUCCAUGUAUACUCUCUUUGACCUAUAGUCUGCUUCCCUUCCUUCCCCCCCCCCUUUCCUUUCGUUUAGCUUAGACCUGAAAUGAAUGCUACAUGUUGAACUUCCAGUCUUUGCCCCCUCCCUUUUAUUCCUAGUACGGUUUGAAUACGUAAGAGUCACUAGCAGAGUUUGAAAGCACCUGCAAUACUGUGAUGAACAGAAGCUGUAAACGUUUUGAUUACACUUGAGUACAGAAUCCUGUUCUAAACCAACUCUGGUGCUAGGACUGUGCUCUGUGGUACUGAAGCAAUUUUUUUUUGUACAAAAUGGUAGGAUCAUUUUUGUUUGUAUUUAUUGGAUGGCUUAGGAUACCUGGGCUGAUGUAUAUGUUUUAGUUUAAACAAUUUAUUCUGCUUCUGAUGAACCUUUAAAAUAGGUUGCUAUUAAUAGCCUGUCCCCAUCAAUUUUGCAACCACUGGUGUUUGGUACAAUACAUCAGACUAAAAAAGUUAGCAAAUAAUGUAAAUACUGUGAUACUUAGUAUUCAAAUCACAGUUUUCCAAAGUGCAAUGUUUGCUCCCUGGGAGGGGCGCUCCAGACGCUACAGGUGCUUUUUGCUCUUACCUAGAUUGUUAGAUCCUUUGAGAUACUCAUAGCGAAUAGCCUUGACAGACUUUAUUCAACAACUUUUAGCAGUUUUCUUUCAUUUGGGAUUAAAUACUUCAAAUAAUAAUGAACCCCAUGGUGGAUAAGGAAUAGUGGAUUCAGUUCUGUGCAUUUCCUUUAUUACAUAUGAAUACAGUGGUACCUUGGUUUACGAACUUAAUCCGUUCCAGAAGUCCGUUCUUAAACCAAAGCGUUCUUAAACUAAGGUGUGCUUUCCCAUAGCAGUGUGGGACUCAAUUUACAAAUGGAACACACUCAACAGGAAGCGGAACAUGUUCCACUUCCAAGGCAAAGUUCACAAACCAAAACACCUACUUCCGGGUUUGCAGCGUUCUUAAUCCAAGUUGUUCAUAAACUAAUCUGUUCUUAAACCAAGGUACCACUGUAUUAAUCCAUUAUCCCAUAAUAUGUGGUAGACAAACUGAAAAGUUAUUUUAAACUUAUAAAUCAUUUUGUAAGCUACUAUCUUCUCUCUCAAACACAAAGUUGAUUAGCUGUUGGUGUGUAGACAAUUAAAAAUUUUCAUAACCUUCCAUAGUGGAAUUUUAAUAUCAAUAAAGAUAUGGCUAUUUUAACUGAUACUUCUAUGUUCACUCAAACCAUCGGGAUAUGGUUGGCUCCAGUGAAUAAUAAAAAUGAUAAACUGCUCUAUUAGUAAGUAAUACUAAUUAUAAUAGUCUGGAUUUGUGCAUUAGAACAUGUAGCUGUUUGGAAGACCUCAAAGCUGGAAUACCUACAUGUUCUUUGACAAUCUGAAAUCGGUAUUGGAAGAAUUCUGUGGGGAAUUGAAAGAAAUGGGUGGGGAAAUGAAACUGGCCCAGUACAUUUUGUCAAAGUGAAGAAACCUAAGAGUUUUUAGGAAGCAUGCCUUCCAGGACUUUCAUCCCUCCAUCUUGAUAGUUUGGUACGUAAGCAGGUGAUAUCUAGAUCUGUUAAAAUGGAAUGUGAUUAUGAGGUCUUGCCCAUUCAUUUUUUAAAAAAAUCUUUCCAGCUAGCUAGCUAUUGAUUGAUUGAUUGCUGUGACCCAAGCAGGUAAUAAGUUUUAGAUGAGGAAAGGACCAGAUACUCUCCCAUAGAGCAGUGGACUCUCACCAUCAAUUUGACCUUUUAAAAUAGUUGGGACUCAAAGCUCUAAUAGUGCUAAUAAUUUCAUAGGAAAAAAUGUUUCCUGAAAACCCCCCCAAAAAAACCCCAUCUAGUGGUGCAUACAACACAAGAGUCCAGUGCAUGUACUCUGAAAAGUGGGGGGCAGGAGAAUAUUGUGCAGCUUUCUUGUGUCUUCAGGAAUGAGCAACAUCCACAUUUCUAGACAAUAAUUCUGCAUAAAACUGAAACAUUUCUUCUCAUUCUAGGACAAGCAUCCAAUGCUAGGCAGUUGUUCUAGAAACUGCCGUAAGACUGCGGCCAAUCCAUCAUUCAGACAGCUUCAACACCCCUAACCAUCAAGAUGACGGACGUUUUUCAUGUCUGUUAAAAAUUACUUUGAACAUGUUUUAAUAUUUAAUAUACUUCCCAUUCUACUAUGGGGCUGUUGGUGGUCUCCCAUUAAAGGGACUCAUUGAGACCACAUCCACAGUUUCAGCAAUGUUGCUGCAUUAAAUGCUUGGGACCACUGACAGCCUUUGAUGGACAGGCUUGCAUGCCCACUCAGAAGCAUCUUGUCCAGACUGAAGGCAGUUAUGUGGGUAUGCUAAAGAACAGUUAACCUGAGCAUUUACUUGAUGCCCUUCCCCAGAACAUUCAACCAUUAUUCAACUACUGAUCUAGAUACAGAUACCUCUGCUCCACAAUGCCUUUACAGCUGCUUUGCCAGUAGAACAUUGAUGCUGACUACUGCCGAGUACUUCCAGAACAGCAAUAGGUUACUUUGGUGGCCUGUCAAAUUCUGCAACACUUUCUUCCUGAACUUUGUAUUUGCAUCCAGUCCCCUCUGCUGACAUCGCAGUAUACUGCUCCUGUAUCCUGCUUCAUACUCCUUUAUGUUCCUGUCUGCUUUCUAAAUGAAUUCAGUGGCUGCUGACUUCAGCUCAUCCCCAACUUUGCCUUCACUUUUUGCUUUGGAGUGGAUCUCUUGGUAGCUGGUCCACAAUGGAUUAGACCAGACUAUUGCUUGUUUCUUUUCCUUCUGUUCAGGCAAUGGAAUAAGGCUCCCUACAACUCAGCUGGUGAAAGGCAGUAAAUCAAGAUUCAGCCUGGAGUCACUCUUGAAAGGGACUGCCUUUGCCUGUUUCUUUGAGAGUGCCUCACCAAAUCAACAAAAAGGAUAAGUGUUUGAGUACUAAGAAUCCUGAUGUGUGCGUUUCAGACUGUUAUCUCUUUUAACAAAGAUGUAAUUAGUGGGAAGUGCAGUUACAUUUCUGCAGAUAUGUACUUGCAAUGAAUCAUCUUUUUCAAGUCAGUUUCUUGUUAUGAUUUCUCAUACUGAACCAGUGCUGCAAAAAGUUAUUCCAGAAGAUAUAAUACAGGUGACUCUGAACUUAUGCUGGGGUUACAUUCCAGGGAUAGCCAAAAUUGCAUAUAGUCAAAAUGUAUUGGGUUCGAUGACGGAUGGGAUUGCCAAAGACUUUUUUCUUGGACGCUUGCCCCCUUCCCUCCUCCUUUUUUAUUUAUUUCAUAUUUUUUUUGCUAAACACACGAAGCUAAAUGCACACAGUUUAAAUGUUCGUAAAUUGUGAGUUGCUUUUAAUCCUCAGAGUAGAAAAAUGAAAGAAUUAAGGCCUAACAGUUACUCUCAUCAACAUAUGGAAUAUAGGUGAGCAUUGGGAACUGGAAAAUACUGAGUUGCUUGCUCUCUGUAUUAUUGUCAAUUGUGAAACCAGUGGUCAGUUUAAUGACUAACAGUAGUUAACAGCUUGUAAUUUGAAAGAGAUGAAUGCAAUUAUGUGUAUUGAGUUACCACGAUUAAAGCUUUUGCUUUCAUGUUAUUUAAAACAGGCUUUUGCCUGGUAGCUUUUACACAGUAAGGAAUUUCAUGCAGGGAAAUGCAUGGAUUUCCAUGUAGUUGAAUGAGCAGGUUGAUAGUAGAGAGACAGAUCACUCUGUUGUCUCCACCAGCCUUCUGAAUACUGUGGUGUCUGUGGAGGAAGGCAUGCAUCACAUCUUGCAUGGAAAUGCAGUAAACUGGUAAGAGAGAAAGACAGAGGAAUCUGUUCUUCCUCUACCUGCUAUACAUGUUAGUCAUGGAGAAAGGAAAACCCCGUCUUCCGUAAAGGACUGCUAACUUUUCUGAACUUAAUUUACAAGACUGGAUUUUAAAAGCUGAGACUUACUCUGGUAGUAAAAGGUACUUUGUUAUUGUAUGUUCCAAACACUUAGUCUAAGCUUUGUGGUUGACCCUUCCAUGAGUUAGUACAGCAAACCCCAGAUCAGGUAGUAUUAUUGGAAAACGAAUUACAGACAAUGACUGAUUAACACACAUCCGAAUUUUGCACGAUUGCACAUAAGCACCAAACCUGGAAGUGACCUUAAAACUUCACUAAAAGGGUGGAACAGGGGAGAAUGAGGCAGGGUGUGCUUAUAUGAGGCCAGGAAUGGAACCCCUGCAUGAAAUGGUCAUCAACUGUAAUAUACCGUCGUACCUUGGUUCUCAGUUCAAUCGGAAGCCGCAUCAGACAUUCGGCUUCCUAAAAAUGUUUGCAAACUGGAACACUCACUUUUGGGUUUGUGGCAUUCAGAAGCCAAAACCUUCAAGUCACAAGGCGUUCAAGAACCAAGCUACGACUGUAGAACUCUGGCAACUUAAAUGUAUUGUAGUGGUAGUUGAAAAGUGACUAGUUUGAACUGAAUUUACAAGUAUGUAUGUUCACUGUACAAUAGGGAUCAAAUAGCUCAUGUUUUCUUUUAAGCCAAUAGGGAUUUAGGGUUCCUGUAAAGAUGAGUUCAUUCACAGACAGUAUUUGUGGAGUAUAUUUUUUUCAGAACUGUAUUUUAUAUGUUCUGUUGCUUUUUGUUUUAAUGUUGUACACUGCUGUGGUAUUAGUAAGUGUUUAGCAGUCUCUACAUACUCCAAAUACCUAAUAUUCUGUGCAUUGCUCACAAUAUGUCAGUUUUAGGCAAUCAGGCAUAUGCAGUAAAUAAAUAAAUACAUCACAGCAGAGUUUUUGACUAUUGUGUAUUCUGUUUCUACUAGGAAGCUGAACUACAAUUAACUUCUUAAAGCCUUUGGAAGAAGGACUAAAUGCAACGGGGACAAAUUGCCUGUGGGAAUGAAGUGGCUGGGAGAAUCCAAGAACAUGGUGGUGAAUGGCCGGAGAAAUGGAAGCAGAUUAUCUAAUGAUCACCAUCAGAACCAGUCCAAAUUGCAGCACCCUGGAAAGGAAAAUCCAAAGACUGGCAAAAAUGGCGUUGAGAGACGGUCAAGCAGAUGUAUGUAUAUGCUAAUGUGAUAGGAGUGAUCUCUAGUUAAUUAUUUGUAAUUUCUUGUUUCCUUACGGAAUAUUGUGGUGUGCAUUUUUAAUGUAAUAAAUGUAUUUGUUGAGUAUAUUGUUUUCUCUGUACCUAUUUACAUUGUUUCUGGUUAACAAAUUGCUUUAUUGCAUGACUGAUUAAUGUGGUUGAAUAAUUCUUUCUUAUUUCUGAAAUAAAUCUUAAGUCCCACUAAAUGCUUAAUGUGAAUAUUCUUCUAUAUUAAAUGUGAAUUAUCAGAAAAAUUGUGCAUACCUCAAUUUUUCCACAUUUAUGUUGUGUCCCAGAAAAACAAGGGAUUAUGCUGCAGUCUACAGCUAUGAAAUCAGUGGGAGAUUUGUUGUUUACUUCACAAGGAUAUGGAUUGUGGUCUUGGCGUUCAUGGAAAUAGUUGCAAGGACCUUGUGUUUAUUCAGUUUAAUUUCGAUUUACUUAUGUCUUAAUAAAAAUGAUAAAAUUGAGAUUAAAAAUCUGAUGAUCCUGCUCUAUCAUAUGUAAGGAAAAGGUUGACCAUUGUGCCCCAAGACACACUGUACUACUAAAAGGUUUUUGGUAUUGCAUAGCCAUAUGCAACUAAUGACAGAAAAAAGUUUGCCACCUUCAGGCAUGUGUAUAUGGUGUUGAAAGAUAAUCUUUAUACAGUACUGACAGAAAGAUCCUUUGUAAUUCAUUCUUAUUAUGCAAGUCUUUGUAUUUCAUGUGCCACUACAAAUUUAAAUUGGUACAAAAUUUGGCUGCCUGAAAUUAAUAGCUCUAACUUUUUAAAAAAGCAGUGGUACAAAUAUUUAUUCAGAGGGUGGUCACCUGUGCUUCCCUGCUCCCAUCUGCCUACAGCAUGGGCUGCUUUUCCUUUUGCACUUUUAGAACCUAGAAAUUGAGAGCCUUAAAAAGGGGAUAGGGAUCCUUCCUCAAUAUCUGUUCUCCAUGCUGGACAGCAGGUGGUCUGUCUCAUGUUUCAGGCCUAAUCUGAAGCUGGAAGGGCCUCUGCUAAUAAAUUUUGACAACAUGGUCACAUUUUAAGCAAGACAUGCACAUCGUCUACUUGCAUGAUUUUUCACUUUCACAGAGCAGUAUUCAUAAUCUCAUAAGAGAUCACAGCUCCCUCAUUAUGCUCGUCAUUGACCAAAUGCAUAAGCAGUUUUUUCAUUUUUUUCUGCAAGUCAACUACUGGCAUACAAUUGGAAAUAUCUCUGCUAUGUGAAGUAGGGCUAUACUACUGAUGCUUCCAACUGCGCUUCCAUUAUAUUUUAAUUUUAAGCAGCUGUUGUUUAAUGUUAGAAGGGAAGUGAGAUAACUAUGUGGCUCUUUAUCAUUAAAAUAGAGAAAGAUUUGCCCAAAAGCAAUUUCUGCAUGUCACAGUCAACCAAGCAUGUGCGAAGUAUAAGGCCAGUUUGAGAAAUUGUGUCUUCAAAAUAUUUGAAGUCUUUAUCUACUCAACAUUCACUAACCAACAAAAAACAUUGUUAGCUCUCUGGUUAGCUUCCACGACUCAUUUCACCAGCUCCAAAUGUAUGGCCCUGAUGUCUUCUUCGUUCCCUGUUUUUGCCAGAAUAGAUCAAAACUUUUGAAAACCCAAAUAUUGACUUUGGAUACCAAUUAAAUGCAUGCAUGGCAAUUUCUAUCAUUUAUUUUGCAUAUGCAAAUAUUCCCAACCUGAGCUUUUCAGGAUUAAAUAAACAUUGUGCACUUCAGUUGGAAAUGUGCAACGCAGGACCAAUAUAAAAUGAAAUACAAUAUACCUCUUGCAAAAAGUAUUGUGGGGGCAUUUAGGAUGACAUGUAGGCUUCAUCUGAAAGGCACCACUGGUCAUUUGGUUAAAUACAAAUAAGAUAGAGGACUAGUGUCAUUUGGUGGCUCUUUAUGAACAUUCAGUGAUGCUGAAUUAAUCAUUAUGUCACCAAAUAGUUUCAUGUGGUAUAAAUUGGUAUAAACUGAAGUUUAGGGGCCUCGUUUGUUACAUUUAAAACUCUAAAUUCCCCAAGGUCAGAGUGAUGUAUUAAAAAAAACAGACUAUAAAUUAAAAAAACAGGAUGCAAUUGGAGUCCUACAGCAGAGACCCAUCCUCCACCUUACACUGCCUCCACUUUGAACUUCUAUAUUAGGACAAAUCGCAUUGGUCUCAAAGCUGUUUCUCAUGUUGUUGUCCUUCAUGGGAUUGCCUCUUAAAUGGGGAAGAUCCAGAAGAGUCAGUAGUCUAUUUUGGCUAAUACUAAUAUUUCUUUUGAUUUAUGCAGGUAGUGGUGGUUCGGGAUUUGAGGGCCAAAGUCGCUACGUGCCUUCCUCUGGAAUGUCUGCCAAGGAGCUGUGUGAGAACGAUGACCUAGCAACUAGUUUGGUUCUUGAUCCAUAUUUAGGUUUUCAAACACAUAAAAUGAACACUAGGUAACUUGCUUUGCUUUCUCUAUCUAGAAAACAUAAAGCCUUGUGUGUAUUAAUAGUAAAGAAAAACGUAGAUCUGAGCUCUCAAAUUCUGCUUGCUUUUUUAAAAAAACUUGCAAAUAAAACAAUGUGUUGGGAAUUGUGCUUCAAAUAUUCCCUUGGACCAGAAUGUUUGGCCAAGUAGACUCAUUCAUUCAUAUUUUGUUUAAUCUCCAUUGUCUGCACCAGGUGAUGCCUUAGGCUAAAUCCUAUAACCAAAGCUACAGAAAUUCAGCUACCAAAAUUUUGAAUUAUCCAGACCAUUAUAUAAGUGUUCCCACAUCUUACUAUUCAUGUGCUGAUUAGAUUUCUCACUCAUUAACAACAUGGAGAGCCAUUACUAUCAAUCCUCAUUUAAUGAUUGAUUGCUGCCUUUUAUCACUCGGAUUAGCUUUUAUUAGGUGAUUUGUUUGAGGUAAUAUGAUUUGCAGAUUGAACAUGUGAGUUCUCCAUUUAUUGUUGUAUUUUGUAGUAGGAAUCUUUUCUUGUUAUAAUUCACAUUUUUCUUGUUUUUCUGUAUACUAUUGAGGCCACAAUAUACUUUUUAGUUAGGUGGGUUCCAUUUCUGUUUACUGUCCUGGUACCAAGCUCAGUCUUCAGCAUAAUAAAUAACACUUUUAAUAGCCAACCUCUAAAGCAUCUUGCUGAACUUAACGUUUCAUACUGGCUCAGAAGUGUACACAGCUUAGAAGCUUCUGGAAUGCUGUGCAGCAAGUGCACCACAGAUGAAACAAGACCGACUCUUCAGAACAGAUUUGUCUUGGGUGGGGGGAAACACAGUCCCAUUGUGCAGGCAGAAGUCCUUCUGGUUACAGAGCAACUUUGUUGGAUGUAAUCCUGUGAAUUGUAAAUCAAAAAAACUUAGGUUACUGCUUGUCGCUUGUUUCGAAAAAUCUUAUAUGAGUCCAGGUUUGGAUGGCACGAUAAACCAGACUUUGACUGACUUUAUCUGUCAUGUGGCAGGAGUUGGGUAGCACUCCAGGAACUUUUGGGUAGGAUGUGCCAGUAAGAUGUAUUUUCACAUUAAACCACAGUUCGUUUUAAACAAUAGCUUAAUGUGGCAUAUAGAGCAGGCCACUGUAGAGUUUUGAGAUUGCUGUGGGGAGGGGAUUCUAAGAAACUUGGAGAUUUGUUUCUGUGUAGCUGCCUUUACUCUGGCCUUAUUAGAUGAGAUCUUUCUGCUUAGACACACAUUAAAUUGAGUUUGAAUAAUCUGUCAGAUUGUGGUGGCUUCAGGUAUUAGGAGAACUUAUUUCUGGUUGAAACUCAUAGAAUCAUAGGAGGUUAUUUUUCAUAAGCCCUUGAAAAGAAUGUUGCUUUAAAUAUUUCAAUUCUGGAUCUUCCUGCCUCUUGACUUGGUGGGGGAAAUGUUCUAAUUCAUAAAAUGGUUGCUCUUUAAAAUACCUAUAAGCCUACUUAAAGAUAAUGCUCUACAAAAAAAGAUAAUGUUCUACCAAAAAUUGUCCAAAGUGAUGUCUUUUGAACAUAGAAUCCCCAUCUGCUUGAUCAAAUCCUGGUUUAAUAAGCUGGGAUAUACAUGAGCUGCUCACACUCGCAAGCAGCCGGUUUGCUCCCACCUCACCCUUCACACGAAUGAGGAAACAAAGCAGGACACUGUCGUUAACUAUAGUUUCUUGUUAUGUGGGAACUUUGGUUAAUGGCUUCCAGACAGGCCAGAAUUUGAAAGGCAACUUUCAAUUACAGUUCACUGCAUCUUCCUGAUGUGUUUCACUGCUCAUGUGAAGGGAGAAACAAAGCUGGAGCCAGAAGGGUUGUGUGCAAGUUUAUGAAACUCAUGCGUAUUCUGUCUUAUUAAGCCAGGAUUUGAUUGUGUGAGCUGAGCCAGUGUACCUUGUCAUCUAAAUGAAAUUAUUAAUGAAUUUCUGAAGAACACAUUUCAGCUGUUUAUAAAAAAGAAUCCAAUCACAGAGUUGUUGUUUUUUUUUUAAAAAAAGAGAAGUCUUUAUUCACUCUAUAUUCAUUAAUCUCUUCAGUUCCUUCCUCUAUCCCUGUGCUGGAGAUGUUUUUGAUAUAUUUAGUUCAGUAAUGGUUUCUGACACAGUGGUCAUGAGAGAGUCGGGAUAGAUUAACCACUGCAGUAAGAAGAAGAUGAGUUAGAGAUGAGAUUUUCAGAAUAUUACAUUUUCAACUUUCACUUUUAUUGUAAAAUAAGGGCAAAUUUUGCAGCAGAAAGCAACUUGCUGGUCCUCAGCCUAACCACACAUACAUUUUGACUUCUUUACAAUUUGAGGCAUAGGUCAACAUUGAAUUGAAGCUAUGAAAGUAAAGUAGUCCUAGGGAGCUAGGUCUGAUGCCUUGCUCUUUAAUAACCGGCUGAACAUUUGUGUAGAAGCAGCACACAUUAAGUCAGUUUGUAAGUGUUUCUUUACACUGGCAGCAUAAUCUUGUUUCUUUGACUGACAUCUUAGACUCGUCUUGCUAUGGCAGGCUAGAGAACCUGUGGCCUUCGAGAUACUGUCAGCCUCUAUCUCGCAAUGGCCUCAGCCAGUGGGGCCUGUGGUGAGAGAUGACUGGAGUUACAGCCCAGCAACAUCCCAUGGACCACAGGUUUCUUUCCCCCGUGGUAUGGUUUGUUGUAGCUUGUAAUUAUUGAUGGAUAACUCAUUCAGGGUGAAAAUGGGUGCUCCUGUUUACAGUUGGAGCUGGGGAAUACACUUGAACUGGAUAACUUCUUGUUUGCAUCCUGAGAGCCAUUGAAUCCCUAUCCCAAUAAAGUCUGAGCCUAUCCCAAUAAAGUCUGAAAUACAACUGUGAAGGUCCAUCACGAUUCCUAAGCUGCUGGUUUUCAACAGUUGUUAUGGUUUAACAUUUCAAGAGGAAUAGGCCCCUGAAAUCCCUAGUUUUUAAAAAACAAGUUAUUUGUCAUAAAUUCUCUUCUCACUCCAUCAAUUCUUUCUGAUAAGUUUGGAAGAUGCUUAAGUAUUUCUGUGUUCUGCCCAAAAGCUCAUUCUUGUGUUCUGAUUAUGCUUCUAGUCAAUGCUGUUUGAGCUAGUGUUACCUAGUGUGACCCCAGAGUCAGCCAUGACUCUUUUUAAAUAAUGUGUCACUUUUCUAUAAUCACUUUGAGAAUAAGUGUUUACUACAAGUGAUCUUGACGGUUUUACCAGAGUACCUUGCUGGGGAAAAUGCUAUUCUCUUUUAAUACCUCAAGAACUCUGCAAAUGCAGGCUAGAGCCCCAAUAAUUUUCUAUCCCCUGUUUGUUCAGUGUGGAAACCAGUACUUUUGCUUGUGGGAAUCUUUGAUAACCAGAGAGUUGGACAAUGUAAUGAGCUAUACCUUCCAUUGAAGACAGUUCAAAAAGUUUAAUUAGUUCAGAAUGCUGCUGCCUGACUGCUAACUGGGGCUGAGCUGUGACACUAUUGUUUCAUACCAGCACUGAAGCAGUUUCACUGGCUCUCAGUCAAUUUCCAAGCUCUUCUUACAGAGCUGGACCUUCUCCUGCACCAUUGCAUCUGACUGACUAAGUCAUCAUCUGAGGUGAAAUGGAUGGAAAGGGGUGACUAGGGGUGCCUAUUUCCAGCUUUGGCUGGUUCACAGCUUCCAGUCCCUUUUGGACAGAUAUACGGUAACUAGUAUAGAGACAGCUAUCUAGAAGCAGCACUGGCAAGAAGUAAAUACUCUUGGGUGUAUGGUUCAAGAUGCCAAUUAAUAGUGGAGUCUUGUACUUUUUUAUUAUUAUCAAGUUACAAGCAUGGGUGAAUGUCUUAUAGACACACUCCAUAGAAUUCCAAGUGGCUGAAAAGCAUAUUGCUAUUUGUCCAUGGUGAAUGCAUAUUUUUUUUAGCUCAAGAUUGGGUUCUUUUGUAUACUCUCUGUAUUGUUUUUAAUAUUCGGCUGGAAGCUGCCCAGAGUGGCUGGGGAAACCCAGCCAGAUGGGCGGGGUAUAAAUAAAUUAUUAUUAUUAUUAUUAUUAGCACUUAAACCAUGAUAUUUUCAAGUAAGAAACACUCAUUUGCAAAUGAGGCUUUGCAAGAGAUAUUUAAGAACAUGUUAAGAAUUAUAAAAAUGAGAGAAUUAUUAAAUUCAAACUGUCCUAUAUACAAACAUUAACUGAAAGCAGACAUUGAUAAAAUAUCUUUAAAAUGUUUAGAACACAGUUUCACUUCCUCUCUUUUGACUUGUUUUUCAGCCCAAAUAAAAUUGAUACUAAAUUUGUUGUCACCAGACUAGAAAAUAUUUAAGGUUUCAUACCCACAUCUAAAGUCACUCUGUGUAUUGGGAUAUGUACUUCUAAAAUCAAGCAUUUGUUCUCAAUACAUAGUAGUUAUAUUUGAUUUUUGGCUAGGAUUGAUGUAAGUAUUCUGUACAUUUUGAACUUACACUUUUUUCUAUGGCCUAUGACAAAAGGGAAGGACAAAGGGGGGGACUUCAAGAGUAUAUUGAAAAUGAUUUUGUUUAGCAGUUGUGCAGUGCAGUCCUAUGCAUGUUUACUUGGAAAUCACAUUUCGCUCCAUGGACUUGCUCUGUAGAAAGUUGCAGCAGGAUUGCAGCCUUAAUGCUUCUGGCAGAAAUGUUGGAUUGGGUGGCUUGACUCCAGUAGCUCACACAGGGAAACUAGACUAUAAAACUGCAAGAUAUUCAUAGAUUUACACUGCUAGAUUUUGAACCCAGGUAAGUCCUUUAUUCUAAUGGUUGCAAUUUUAGACAUUUGUAUUUCUAAUGACAAUGCCUGCCUGUUACCACCUGAAAUCUUAAGGUUCCAGUUUGUAAUAAUUUAUUGUAGCCAAACUCUUCUUAACCUUCGGUUUUAGCUUUCCUCAAUCUGAUGCCCUCCAGACAUUUUGGAGGACAAUAACUUUUAUACCUGACAACAUGGCCAACGGUUACUGCUGUUAAAUAUUUGAAAGUCUCUUUCAAACUUCCCCAGCACUGAUCUCCUAAGCAGGCCAGGUUCUUUAAUUGUAAAGAUAAAAUCCCCAUUCCUAUAGCUGUUUUUGUGAUUCAUCUUUACAUUUGAAAAUCAACAGCAACACAGGAUGAUAUUUUUAAACAAUAUUCCAGCAUUCCAGGUGUGGCUUCCCCGGUGUCUUGUGCAAGGAUACUGAUCUUCCCCUAUGCUUACUGGAAACACUACACCCCAAUGUGUUCAUUGACUGCAUUUACCUUUAGCAUCAUCUCAUAGGGCCAUAUCCUGACCAAGAUCAGCACUUCCUAACUUCUUGGUGUGCACAAAUUUCAGCAAUACAUUCCUUUUCCUCUCUCAAAGUAAUUCCUGAGACUGUUGAAUAAUGUAGUCCUUGAGGAACUUAUCCAGUUUAUUCUUUGCUUGUGUUAGCAAAACUGUCUGAUUUUCACUAGAAGAAAUAACUUUUCUAAGGAAUGAGGGCAAGAGUUUUGGGAAUCUUCCUGUGGCAGACUACAUACCUUAGAAAUGUGGCCAUUGUUUUGAAUUUGUGCCUAGAAUACCAAAUCAGUUGCACAAGAUUUUUGAAUUCCACUGCUGGUGUCAAGAGGGAGACAGAGUGCCUGUUUGCUUGUAACCAUUUUUGGCUAUUGGUCUGCAAUGCUAUGUCUGCAUUCUAAGAUUAUACUUGAGAUGGUCAUAGAUUGUGGGGAUGAUGCCAUACAAAUUUACAACAAUCUGUGCACAGAUUGGGGCCAUGCCCAGUUUACAGCUUUGCUUGCUUGGAAAUGUAAUUUCUUAAAACAAUGUUACAUGGAAUGAAGCACCACUCAAUACUUAGAGCUGUGUUGUGUGUUAAGCAUCUUUAAGGGUUGGUUUUUAAUUUUGAGGGUGAAGUGUGUUGUUUCAGUGCUUCUAAUCCCUGUAACCCAGAUGUGUGGGAUAUGUCAGUCUACACUGCUCUGAUGCAAGACAACAUGACUGACAAGAAUUGGCACUGGUUUUGUUUUGUUUAUUUAUUUUGGUAUUUCUGUGCCGCCCCAUAACCGAAGUUCUCUAUGUUACAUCUGCACAGCUGGCUUCCUACAUGAGUGCAGGUGCCUCAGAGGAAAAGACUCUUAUCAUUCCCAUUAAUGGGACACUUCCAACUGUUAACAGCUGCCAGGUAUGCUGCUUAGAAUACAACAUUCCAAAUAAACAUCUCCACAGCUCUGUAAAUAAGGAAUCUAAUAGCUGUGUUUCUGUUACAUUUAUUUCCUUUAAUACUCAAGAGUUGUGUAGAGCCUGCUGAUGGCAAUGUUCAUUUUCAUUUAUGGCCCUCUCUCAGUGAUUGCUCUAGACAUAUAUAAAGUAAGUAAGCGAAACAUGACUAAUAUCUUGCUUUUUAGAUUUCGACCAAUAAAAGGAAGGCAGGAGGAAUUGAAAGAGGUGAUUGAGCGUUUUAAAAAAGAUGAGCACUUGGAAAAAGCCUUCAAGUCCUUGACAUCAGGUGACUGGGCCCGGCACUAUUUUCUUAACAAGAACAAAAUGCAGGAAAGAUUGUUCAAGGAACAUGUAGGUAUAUUUAUACUUAAUCCAAGUCCAAGUUAGUGUUUGGUUUACGUGUUGUGAAUGUUACUCAACUGAAACUGCUUGUGUUGUCUACCCUUGCUUUUAGCUUCAGCAAAUACUGCUUUGGAUUUUUUUUUAAAAAAUAUCAAAUUGAUAGAAAUUAAUUUAAUGGAAAUUUAUGGAGACUGUUAUCCAUAUUUAACUGGCCAACAUAGUCAAAGCUAUAAUGGUCUGUAGGUACGCCACUAGUUUGAAGGGACCAUGAGGGCCAUCUAGUCCAACUCCCUGCAAUGGAGGAAUCUUUUGCCCAACAAUGGGAGAAAGAUGCAGUCGAAAAGACUGUUCAGAAGGAAUAAUAGGAAAUAAUUUAUUAUUUAGUAAAUGCCCUCCAUAGUUAUAGGCAGGUGCAGAUUGAACACUGCCGAUUGUUUAACCAUGAUUAAGUGUUCACCGGGAUUAUGUCUGCACUGCCCCCAGCUGAAGGUAUAUAUGACAUUGAAUUGGUGCAUUAAAAUAAUCAGGCUACAACUUUGCUUUGUCAGUAAGGUAUGGGUGGUAUUUAUGUAGGUUUUACUCAGAGUACACCCAUUGAAAUUAAUGAACGUGAGCCCAUUAAUUUCAGUGGAUCUGCUGUGAGUAAAACUAGUUGAAUGCCACCCUAAAUUUAUAAGUAUUGUAGUGGGGUGGUGAUAAGUUUUCCACUAAAAGGCCUGGAGACUGAAUUGAGGGGAAAAAUGAGGAACUCUGAAAGUACUUUAGAAAGAUAAGACCUAGUACUCAAUGUAUUGUAUUGAAGCUUUUUUUUUUUUAAAGCAUAGAAUUUGAGUUCCAAGCCAUAGAUCUCUGGAGAGUUCAUUGUUGUACAGUACUUGAUGUCUAGACUAAACCAGCUUCGGAUAUCUUGGGCUAGGAUAUUCAAGAAUGAAGGCCAAACUCUUCAAUUACGAAGAUACUUUCCAUCCUCCCUUUCUCAGCAUAAGAGUGAAAGAUAGCACUUUUCAUAAAACCGUAGAGUUGGAAUGGGCCCUGAGGGUCGUUCAGUCCAAACUCUGCAAUGCAGGAAUAGGCAACUGUCCCAUAUGGGGAUCAAACUUGCAAUGUUGGCAUUAUCAGCACCAUGCUUCAGCCAACUGAGUGAAUUUAAGGACAAUGUUAAAGGGGUUGAUUUAUGAAAUCCAUAUUUAGCCUGUAUUUUUCUUUAGUGUAAACUGAUGUGAAGUGAGUUUGUGAGAGAGGGGUGGCCACAUAAAAAUAAUAAGCUUGUACACUAGGCAUCCCAAAACUCGGCCCUCCAGAUGUUUUGGAACUAUAACUCCCAUCAUCCCUAACUAACAGGACCAGUGGUCAGGGAUGAUGGGAAUUGUAGUCCCAAAGCAUCUGGAGGGCCGAGUUUGGGGUGCCUGUUGUACACUCAUCAAACAACAAUACAGUGGUACCUCGGUUUAAGAACAGCCCUGUUUACGAACUAUUCAGUUUAUGAACUCCGCAAAACCGGAAGUAGUGUCCUGGUUUACGAACUUUACCUCGGUCUAAGAAUGGUAUCCGAAUGGUGGAAGACCACCGGCGGCAGAAGGCCUCAUUAGGGAAAGGGCGCCUCGGUUUAAGAACAGUUUUGGUUUAAGGACGGACUUCCGGAACGGGUUAAGUUCAUAAACUGAGGUACCACUGUAUAACAUAACAGAAGCAGCAAUUCUAUCUCUGCAACCCAGUAAAAAUUGUUCCAUAAAUGCAACACAGAAUAAGUAUAUUUUUGAGGUCCAUUUUAAAACUUCUGGUGCUUGUCCAAUCUCAUUUGAAAUCAAGUUGCCAGAUGUGGAACAACUGAUUCACAUCAAAUAAUGCAGCUGUUCUGUAUAAUAUUUUUUCUUUCCCCCCUUACAGGUAUUUAUUUAUUUACGAAUGUUUGCAACUGACAGUGGAUUUGAAAUAUUGCCAUGCAAUCGGUAUUCAUCAGAGCAAAAUGGAGCCAAAAUAGUUGCAACAAAAGAGUGGCAAGUAUUGCAAUAAUAUUAGUGCUACACCAAGUUCUUGUGAUGUUCAACUUCUGAUAUGAAACUUGCUGAUGGGGGAGAAUGUGGGGGACUUGCUUUCUACCCCCCCCCCAGUUUUUAAUGUUUGUUUGCAGCCAUUGUUCCUCAGAUCUGCUAUCUCUUCUUCAGUGCUACUUUUUUUAUUUCUUUGAGUGAUCCCACCCCAUCAAGCAUGCAUCCAUCCACGUUUUGGAAGCAUAUUCCAGUGCCCAGUUGGACCAACUUUACCUGCUCUCCUUUACCACAGUGUGGUCAGAUGGGGAGCAUUCUGUGGGGAUUGUAGGAAGCUGAAUUACUGUUGGAUAUGACAUGUACUAGAAGUGCAGUGAACUGCUGAUUACAGUGGUACGUCUAGUUGUGGACACGAUCCGUUCCGGGGUGCCAUUCGCAUCCCAAAAAGUCCACAACUAGAGCGGCACUUCUGUGCAAGCAUGGAGCGCGAUAGAGCACUUCUGCGCAUGUGCAAAGCACGCAGAACACUUCUGCGUGCGUGCGGCGAAACCUGGAAGUAUACACUUCCGGGUUUGCCGUGUUCGCAACCCAAAAAGCCACAACGUGAAGCAAAUGCAACAAGAGAUAUGACUGUUGUUGGAAUUGUUUCACUUCAGAGAUACCAUGUAAAGUCUCCUGGCUUUUUAAUAAGAAGUUAUCAAAAAUAUUUCCUUGCCUAGCCAGGGUGAUAAGUGAACAAACAAAUGUACGGAAUGCAACUAUAUUUCAUCCCUUUAAAAUAUUUUUAUGCUGGAGAAAGACUGCAUUAAUAAGAUGUAUUGUUUGUUCUGUUAACUAAAGAGUUUCUUCCUUCAUUUGUUAGGAAACGAAAUGACAAAAUAGAGUUAUUGGUGGGUUGUAUUGCUGAACUCUCUGAAUUAGAAGAGAACAUGCUGCUCAGACAUGGAGAGAAUGACUUCAGUGUCAUGUACUCAACACGGAAGAAUUGUGCUCAACUGUGGCUUGGUCCAGCUGCAUUCAUCAAUCAUGGUAAGUAAAAAAAAAAAUACAAUGGGAUUAAUUGUUAUAUUCAGGACUACUUUUAAUUUAUUUCUUGAUUUGGAGUACAUUUCUCUCCUGUGUUUUAUUAGAAUGAUCUAGAUUACCUUUAAUGCCCUUUUAAAAUGUGCAAUAUUUUUCUUACUUAGUGAUACACCUAAUUGUUCAGUUGAGUAUUACCAUAAGUAAAUUAGUAUGAAACCUUACUUUAGAUAUUUGUAACUAUUCAUGUUCCAGGUCUUAUCAGCAGUUAAUUGAUUUUCUUUUGUACUUUUUUCAGAUUGCAGACCCAACUGUAAGGUAUGUGGUCAGGGUUUUAAAAUCCUCCAAACUAGCUUUUUAAAUAUAUGGAUGUUUUAAAAUUAUUUUUGAUUAACUGAGUAAUACUACAUGUCCCUUACUGCCCUUCAUAGUUUGUGUCAACUGGCCGGGAUACAGCAUGUGUGAAAGCUCUGCGCGAUAUUGAACCUGGAGAAGAAAUUUCUUGUUACUACGGGGAUGGGUUUUUUGGAGAAAAUAAUGAAUUCUGUGAAUGCUACACAUGUGAAAGGUAUGUUCUAGUCAUGUAAACAGUGAACUGAAAUACAGUGCAGUUGCACUGUACACCUGCGUUGUUGAUCUGUGCGUGUGUCGCUAGUCUUGCAAGAACUUGACUUCAGCAUUCAAAAGUCAUUCCCCUUCCAUAAGAGGUACACUGAUAUCUCAUGCAUUCUUGUUGAAUCCAUCUGUGAACCCUUCUCUGAUGUCCUUCAAAGAAGGACUAAAAAGAAACCAUGUGAAAACUGGACUGCUGUGAGUAGCUGGCAUUUGAAUUGUUGCUUGAAAUUCAAGCACACUCUGUGCUUGAAGAAUUGCCGUGAGUGAGGUAUUUCAUCAGUGCCAAAACACUAGAAAAGAAUGGUAACUUCGUAGAUUGCCCAUCUUCUCCCCUCUCCCACUACCACAGUAGAAAUGUAGAAUUAAGUGUGGGAAGUAACUCCAGAGCUGUUUCUGUAUAAUUCCUUUCUCCCUCUCUGCCAUGGCUCCCAGUUCCUACUCUAAAGGCAAAUUUGCAUGCUGUGCCAGCUAGGCUCUUGAAAAUCAACCCAAGAGUGAUAAUGCUUGGGAUCAAAAGAGCUGUUCAAGCUCGCGUCAGGAGCUUCUGUUAGCCAAGUGGAAUUUUUACUUUUAACAUAGAAGAGCUGAUCCUAAUGCCAUGUUGCACAGACAGCUUUGGAAACCUCAUUUGCAAACAAGCUCCACAGCUCUCCAGAUUUUCCAUGCAAUGUAGUAUUGAAUUUGCAUAGAAUUGAAACUUUGCCCCCUUCAGUGUACAGUUAUUUGAAUCUUUGCAUGCCCCACACAUUAAAUUAAAUCAUACUUGAGCAAUGCUCUUGUUUUACCCAAUUCCUUAUUAUUCUAUAAUGUUGUGUGUCCAUUAAAUAAAUAAGUUACAGUGUACCAUUUUUCAACUUAAUACUAAUAAUUUUAUUAUUUGUACCCCACUCAUCUGACUGGGUUGCCCCAGCCAUUCUGGACGGCUUCCAACAAAAUAUAAAAACACAAUGAGACAUCACACAUUUAAAACUUCCCUAUACAGGGCUGCCUUCACACAUAGUUGUUUAUCUCCUUGACACCUGAUGGGAGGGCAUUCCACAGGGCAGGCACCACUACCAAGAAGGCACUCUGCCUGGAUCCGUGUAACUUCACAUCUUGCAGUGAUGAAACGGCCAGAAGGCCUUUGGAGCUGGACUUUAGUUGCAGAGGUAGUUUAAGAUCCCUUGGUUCAGUUAAAGUAAAAAAAAAAAUCCCAAAAAACCCACCACUGCUGCUUGAAAAUUUUGAUUCUGAUUUCACACUAUUUUCACUAUGAUGAUUUAGCUGUAGUUGCCUUUUCUUUCUUUAUCUUCAUCACUAGCACACAUUAAGAGAGGAAACUGCAAUUUAGGGGGGGAAAUAUGCCCCAGUGUGCUUCCUCUACAAUUUUUGCUCUGAGCUACAUAAACUGUUGUUUCUCUGGGGCCACUUCACAUGCUGCAGGAAGUGCCACUGUGUGUAUCAUACUAUCUUUCGUGAAAUGUGAGAGCUGUGUUUGACGAUGUGCACAUAGUACUGGAAAGCUUGGAAGCCUAACAACAUUUGUAUACCGCUUGAUUGUAGUAAUUUAACAGUAAAGGACAGUAAACAUGUGAACAUCUACAUGUCUGUCCAGGCUCGCCUGAACAAAAUGUUUUAAGUCGGCACUGAAAGUACUACUGGGCAAUAGAGUGGUCAGUAAACCAGCAGCAACCCCAGUUGAGCUCUCUGGCCCAACGCCAGGGCCCAGACCCUCUUAAGUCCAUUCCAAGAUAAAGACGUUUUCUGCUAAAGGAGUCUAGCCUGGUUCUGUACAGGGUACCCAAAUGGGCAGAGCUGAGACAGGUCAGACCCACCUAGCUCACUCAGCCAAGUCUUGGUAAUAUUUGCCAAAACAGCCCCUUCAUACAUGAUCAAGUAAUGAAUGAACAUGGUCUUACUAUGGACUGACCUGGAGUUCAGUAACUGCACCACUAGAUCAGUGGGCUCAAUGGAUAAACUACCAGUAGCUUCUAGAGGAGUGGGAGGGCUAAAAUGGGGGGCAGGGACCAAACAUCUAGGCCUCUGCCACAGAUGAACAACCUUUCCACUCCAACUAUACCUUUCCUUGCCCACCAUCAUUGAUACUGGGACAGCAUCUUCAUAGCUCUCUGCUACCUGCCUACCCAGGCACAUCCUAGCACCAUCACUUGGUAUCACUACAUACAGCUGAGAGAUUAGGACCACAGAUAAUGAACAAAGGACUGGUAGUAGGCACAUCCCACACUAUCAGACAGAAGAUAGUAAUGCAUGUAUAUGCAUGUGGUCAAAAAAUCAAAUUGUGGAUCCUGGGUAAAAGGAAACUUCACAGAGAAACAGGCAUUUCUGUAUUUUAUAAAGUUGCUCAUAGUAAAAUAAAGAUAUGAACUUUCCUACUCAACAUUAUCAUCCAGAGCUUGGAAAUAAAGAAGAUGGUAUUAAAAUUUGCUUGAAUUAUUCAGUAUAUGUUCAAGGUGUUGUUAAGAAGCCAUGUUGCUUUUUAAAAAAUGAAGGUAUGAAUAUUCCUACUCAACGCCAUCAUCCAGAGUUUAGAAAAUUCUGUUUCCCUUUAUGCAUUAGCUUCCCCAAGGAUGUGCAUACCUGUGCAUACCUUCAUGCACAAAGAGCAGAAACCUCUUUUUCAUAUGAAAAGUAAUUUUGAUUAUAUUCUUUGAUACUAUGUCAUUACUGUAUUGUCCUCUAUAAAUACUUACUUUGAAAUGGAAGCUUAAAAAAAGCCUGUUGUUUUGGGGGGGAAAUUUUUUGGAAAUGUUUUUCUUUACCUCUGGCAUGCAAAUGUACACAUCUCCUGGUGUCCACAUUCAUUUAUAGAAACACAAGUAGGAUGAAAGAGUAUUCUACUACAAUGUGGGGUGAUAUUGACAUCUAGGGAAAGGAGCUAACAUGUAACGGCUCCUUUUAUUUAAUUUCAUACAAGAAUCUUCAGGUACAUAGGGUUUCCAGGUGGUCUCAUUUAGGUGUAACUAGAUUGUUCAUGCUAACAUUGUUGCACUAGUUGCAGAUUCACAUCAAGGACAAGCAUUGGUUCCAAUUUCAUAUUUAGCAGGCCUUGAUAGAUAUAGUGUAUUCUCUUGAGAUUUAUAUGUUUAAAGAAAGGGGAAAUAAUUUCAGAAAAGUAUGAAGAAUCAUUUCCUGUAUUUUUUACUUCAAGUACCAGUAAUUCCUUCAAAAUUGUAGUAGUGGAAUGCUGACAAUGUUGAAAUGUUUGCAUGAGCUCAGAUUUGUCUAAGUAUGUGGUAUUGACAUGGGAUUCAGAAUACUGUUUCAUCUGAAAGCCUUUUUUAUUAUUGCUAUGCUGGAGUUAUUAACAUGUUCUAUUCUCUUUUCUAGACGUGGAACUGGUGCUUUUAAAUCAAGAGUGGGACUGCCUGCUCCUGCUCCUGUAAUCAAUAGCAAAUAUGGACUCAGAGAAACAGAUAAACGUUUAAACAGGCUUAAAAAGUUGGGUGACAGCAGCAAAAAUUCAGACAGCCAGUCUGUCAGCUCUAACACUGAUGCAGAUACCACUCAGGAAAAAGCUCAUGCAAGUAAGCAAGGGGAGCUAACUUUUUAAAGGUCUUUUUUCUAUGCUUGUCCUAUAAGAAGACACAAUUUGGGCUUUUCAUUAGAACUUUUUUCAUUCAGAAGUCAAGGGUUGGGGGUAGAUUCUGUUCAUAAGUAUAACGUGCUGUUAGGCCUCUGAAAAUUUAUGUGAGUACUUAGAGCAGAGGGUUCCAGGAUAUAUAUAAUCAAUGCCUCAAAAUGUAAUAAAAUGACUAACAGUUUGUACUAAAAGGGUUUUCCCUAUCGUUAUAAUUAUCAGUUAUAAAUAAUCGUUAAAAAUUACAGAGCAGUUUUUGACUUGGUGUUAAGUUAGCAAGUUGAGUAGGAAAAAAACCUUUAUCUUUACAAAUGUCAGCUAUUUUGGUAACAUUUCUAAUUAUACUCUUUGCCUGUCACUUAAAUAACCAUUCAGUUUGCUUUCAUUGUCUGGCAAUAAAUGAUCAUAAUAUGUGAAUCAUAGAGGGUCAGAAAUUUAAAUUUGUUCAGAGCCAUGAAACUGUUGCUGUCAUGAUAAAUCAGGGAUAACCAACGUGGUACUUUCUAGUUUUUCUUGGACUACAAUUCCCAUCAGUGUGGCCAGUGCUCUAGGAUGGUGGGAGUUGUAGUCCAAUAACAUCUAAUGGACAUCAUGUUUGCUAACCCUCUGCUAAAUCACUGUUGACAACUGAGAAGCGGACAGAAUUCUUGGAGCCUUAGACACAAGAAAGACAUAAGGAUAGCUUUUUCCAGUAUGAAAUUACAGGCAUCCUAACAAUGAAACACGAUGAGUGUAGAUAAGCCCAGAAACUUGUUCUUUUUUUAAAAAAAAUCUCCAUGAGCAGACAGAUCUUGUGUUUUAUCCACAGGCAGAACACAGACAAUGUGGUAUCCUAAAGUAAUUAUAGUCCAUUAAAAAGAAAUAAGUGCAUAGUAAAACGGGAAUUCUUAUGGCUCUCUCUUUUCAGUGCUUAAGGAGAACUGAACAGAUUGUAUGUGGUUAGUUUGUGAUUACUGGUACAGUACUUUUUAUAGUUAGUAGGAUUAUACUAAUGUAAAUUAUUGGUGAAUAACUUGGGUUAGGAGCCAAAAUUACAAAUGUGGCUUAGAAAUAGCAGAUGUAUGUCUUAUACUCUCUUGGAUAGAUUUGCUAGUGAUUUUUAAUCACUAUUCAUUAAUAUUUUAACCAUAUUUUUAAAGGUCUGCAUAGGCAGUAUUCAGUGACUUUCUGUGGACAGUUUUUGAUUUAGCUAAACUUCAACACUGUGUGCUGUAUGUACAUAUAAUAGAGCCCCUGUUUAGGUUCAGAGGAAAUGUUAUUACUACAUGCUAGCAAUCAGGCGUGAGAAAUAACUUUGAAAUAAAACCUAACUUUAUUCUGUUUACUCUUUCAGCUAACCGCAAAUCUAUUGGUGUAAAAAAGAGCAGUAAGAGUAGAACAUUAACAAGGCAGUCUAUUUCAAGAAUUCCAGCUUCAUCAAAUUCUACCUCAUCCAGACUAACUCAUCUAAAUAAUUCCAGGGUACCAAAGAGAUUGAAAAAGCCUGCAAAGCCUUUACUUUCAAAGAUAAAAUUACGAAACCAGUGCAAAAGGCCAGAGCAGAAACAUGCAUCUCGAAAACUCGAAAUGGGAAACUUGGUUCUGAAAGAGCCUAAAAUCGUCUUGUAUAAAAACUUGCCCAUUAAGAAAGAAAAAGACACAGAGGGACCAGUAAAAGUUGCUGUCUCUGGGGGCUGCUUAACGAGGCAUGCAGCACGAGAAUAUAAACUAAAUUCAGUGAAAGGUGCUCAUGAACCUGGGGAAAUAUCACCCUGUACGUAUAUAACAAGGAGGUCGAUGAGAACACGAAUGAAUCUGAAGGAGACCUCUGACUUAAAGCUUGAACCAAAUAUGCUGAAUAGCUAUAAAAACAAUUUGACUGGCAUGAGAACCGAUAGCUUGGAGGAGCAGUCUCUUGUGAUGCACGAGAGUGAGCAGGCUCAUGGGACAUCACACAAGCGGGAGGGUAGGUGUCAGAAGAGUGACAGGGUUGUGGCCAAAAAGAAAUCCCGACAAGGAAGACUGGUGAAGCCAUCUUUGAAAACGGAGGAAACUGAUCCUGCACACAACUUGUCUGGCAAGGACAAAGUGCCAGAUUUGAUCAGUUCCCGUUCUGACCUAGGAGAGAUGAACAAUGUAGUGGAUUCAGCCAUUGGCUAUAAAGACUGCAUCCCUUCUUCCGGUGGCUGCUCCAUUGUGACUUCGGACACUUUCAAAGUAAAGGACCGUUUUAGAACUGCAAAAAGCAAAAAGAAAAGGCGAAUCACACGGUAUGAUGCACAACUAAUCCUUGAAAACAGCUCUGGGAUUCCCAAACUGACCCUUCGGAGGCGGCAUGAUAGCAACAGCAAGACAAACGACCAAGAAGAUGAUGGCAUGAGUUCUUCAAAAAUAAGCAUCAAACUUAGUAAAGACCAUGAAAAAGAUAAUAAUCUAUAUGUAGCAAAGCUUAAUAAUGGGUUUAACUCAGGAUCAAGUAGUAGUUCAACAAAAUUAAAAAUACAGCUAAAGCGAGAAGAAGAAAACAGGGGAACAUAUUCUGAUGACCUCCAUGAGAACGGGGUAUGUUGUAGUGAUACUCUUUCUCUGUUAGAGUCACGAAUGGAAGUGGAUGAUUAUAGUCAAUAUGAAGAAGAAACUGUAGAUGAUUCUUCAUCUGCAGAGGAAGAGGAGGAGGAAGAGGAUGAGUAUGAUGAUGAUUUUGAAGAUGAUUUUAUUCCUCUGCCUCCAGCUAAGCGAUUAAGGCUUAUAGUCGGCAAGGAUUCAAUAGAUAUUGACAUUUCUUCCAGGAGACGAGAAGAUCAGUCUUUAAGGCUCAAUGCAUAAGCUUACAGGUCUUAAACUGAACAGGAUGUCCAUUUUUUAAAAAACAAAAUUCCAAUUAAUUAUUCCUCAACUGAUGAACUUUCUGAAAAUGUUAGUGGAAGCACUUCUUUAUUGUUUAUUCACUUAUAUCAACAUAAUAUUGUAGAAAGUGUACAGCAUACUGACUCCUUAAGUCAUUUGUGCAGAUUUUUAUUGUACUUUUUAAUAGCCUUCUUAUGUGCAAUUCUAAGUUAGAAAAAUGCUCUAUUGUAAAAUAAAGGCUCAAGCAAAAUUACAAAAAUGCCAUCAAAUGUUUCCAUGCAGGUUAAUUAAAUCACAAUAAUGUGGCUUCACAAUUAUUUUUAAUCCGUGAGAGCAUUAUUUUGCUCUUACAUCUGACUAAACAAUCUUAAAAAAAAAUCAUAGUAGCAGCCUAUUUAAGGUUUUCUAGUAUGUUAAUAUCACCAGCAAUGAACUAAAGCUUUUCAGUUUAUUUGCUAGAUGUUUUCCCCCUUGGAGUUUGUCAGUUUUAACACUGUAUGCUGUCCCCAGACGUACUGUUUGUGGCCUUUGUUAUAGUAGCAAACCGUUGGUUUGAAGUCAAAUUGAUUUCUUUAAAAAAAAAAAAAGGUGUUGACAGUUUGCUGACUUUUAGUACAUUAUAUGUACAAAGGUAGCAGUAUGCAGAAUACCAAGUUUGGAUAUGGUGUAUUUAUUUCUUGUUAUGUAAAUUAAAACACCUUGUAUUUAACACUUUUUCGAUACUUUUAGAUAAAAUUGUUCUUUGCAAGAAUGAUUGGUGCUUAUUUUUUCAAGAACUUGCUGUGAAACAAUGUGAUUACAACAGGCAACAUUUAUCCAAUGAACUGCAGCUAUCCGAAUUGGAUCCUCAUAGUUUUCUGUUGCACUUGUAAAAUGCUACAAGGAAUUUAAAGAAACCUAUUCACUUUAACUUAUGAUAGUUUUAUGAAAUUUAAAAGAAAAAAACCUAAGUCACAGCUUUUGUUCUGUGGUGAUCUAUAAAAAUGUUUGUCUUUUGAGAUCCAGUGUAAAGGACUGAAAAAAUGUAUAUGUUGUAAAUAUUUGUGUGUUGUGAGAAAUUUUGUCAUAAAAAUUGAUAACUUACAGAAGGGUUUUUAAGUUUAGAAAAACAUUCAUGCCAAUAAAUAGGAAAUUAUAAACCUAGUUUUAAAUCAUUGAUUUUUUUAAAAAAAGUUUUGUUUUAGCUCACAUUUUGAGUUGUGUUUUUUUAAGAAGUUCACUUUUUUAGAACUAGAGUGAGAAAUUAACUGGUGGAGAAUUUAAGGAUAUAAGUUAACCAUUUAUUUGAAAGCACAUCUCAAAUGGUUUGAAAAGACAGUUGAAGAAGAAUCAAUCAGGGCUGCUCAGCUUUUACAAUUCUGUGCACUGAAAUUCACACAGAAUCUUAGAUACAGAAUUUCUGAGAACAUUGGCUUGCUUUCUACAAGUUUCUACUUCACACAAUAAUGGAUAUAUGUUUACAGGCAGUUUUUACCAAUCGACAGAUCUUUGUGCACUCAAAAAUGCAAAUUGAGCCCUCCAUUGAAAUGAAUAGGGGAGCUCUUCUGAAUGGGGAAAUUGUGUUCUAGGGGUAAGCAUCCCAUAACAAUAAGCAGUUGUUUAACUGGAGAAGGCUGUAAUGUGUGGUAAUCGGUGAGUCUGUGCACAGCUCAUUGCUUCCAGUUAUAUUCCUUUUCCUGUACAUUACUUAUGCAAAAAAAAAACCAACAAAAAACAACAACCUACAGAAAUUUGGCCACUUUCAGACCAAACUAUUGAUCUUGUAUGCAAUAAAUACAUUCACAUAUUUGGGUGGUGUAUUACUUUUUUCUAGCCAAAAACAACAACCUGAUUUCCUUGGAGCAGAAACUGUAUUUUUGAUUGAAUUAUUAUGAUACUUCGGCAUAAUAGCUACAACAGUGCUGCUGCUGCUACUUCUGCUGUCAGAGUAGCAUGGGACAUUCUGGACAAAGCAGAAUAUGUUCACACUUAUAUAGGGAAGAUCCACAACGUGGGCUUUCCCUCCAUGUAUUGGGGCUUCUCUUGUUACUGUAACAGCAUUCCAAAGACCCAGCACUGCUAUAGAGUCCAUAUUGCCAAGUAACGCAAGGAUCCAGUUUGUUUUGCUUGACAGCAGAUGAGGAUUACAAAAGCCGUUGAUCGUGGCAUGCUUUUGGAGGGAUGGGUAGUUCCCAAAACUUGGAUGGUCUGCCCAAGCCUGCAGAAAUAUUGAAGAUGUACAAUAUAUUAUUAUGAAGCACAAUUGUACUGUCCAGAAGAGCUACACCCCAAGCCCCACCCCCACCCCAUGUCACAAACAUCAAAACAAAUUUGAAAAAAGGACCCAUCCUUGGCCAGUUUUGUGUCAUCUCAAAGCACAUGCCCUUAAACAUCAGUUAAAUGAACUUGGGCACAAAACUGCCCAGUCAUUGUCCCAGGAGAAUUAAGAAACAAGUGCUGUCGGACUGCCCACAAUUAUUCCUGAGCAGUUCUUUCAUUUUAUAACUGAGACUGCUUUUAAUGAUGCCAGAAGGGUUACAUUUAAUGGAAAUCUUUCAAAAGUUUGGAAUUUGACUUGGAAACUGGAAGUUUUGUCAUGUGAAUUAGUGGUAAAAGUUUGUAUUGCUGAAAUUUGAUUUCAAGAUGUUUACAUUGAAAUUUUAUUUCAGUUCUAGUAAAAAUAGGAUUGCGGAACUGAAAUGAGUGUUUGGCAUUCCCCUCUUCCCCAUAACUUAUGUUGUCACGAACAUAUUCCAAAUGCAAUAAAUAUAAUUGAAUUAUAUAUCUGUAAUAUUGAUGACGGGUAAAUAUAUUUAAUAUUGAUGCUGUUAAAAGGAUUUUCUUCAGCUUUUGCAGUAAUCUAUUGAGUAUCAAAUAACUUUAACGCUUGCUCCGAGCUGUAUCCAGUAUAUAAAAUGGAACCAUCAAAAUGUAUUACGAGAGAAUUAGUGUACAUAGUGAUCAAUUUUUAUUUGUGCCAAUAUGGAUUUGAAAUAAAUGGGACCAAAAAUUUGGAAUUUUAAAUUCAUUAAAUACUGAGCUGGCUCUG